AUGUCUAAUUUGGGAGAGGCAAAUGCGGACAAUCAAACAAUCCAAUACUGCUUUCCAAACAAUAAUUUGUCAUGUACCAGAAAUAUCAAACCUGAGGCUGAGUACAUUUUUGUGUACGCUUUUAUUUCUGUAACAUCAGUCUUCACUGUGUUUCUGAAUCUGCUGGUGAUCAUCUCCAUCUCUCACUUCAAGCAGCUUCACACUCCAACCAAUGUGCUCAUUCUCUCUCUGGCUAUUGCUGAUCUGCUUGUGGGACUCAUUCUCAUGCCAGUACAGGGCAUCAAAUUAAUUGAGCCGUGCUGGUAUUUUGGAGAAAUAUUUUGUGCGAUAUUUCCUCUUAUUUUCUAUGUGGUCGUCACAGCAUCUCUUGGCAACUUGAUUAUUGUUUCUGUGGAUCGUUACAUUGCUGUGAAUGACCCUUUGCGAUACCCAAUGAAGUUAAAUAUUAAUAGAGCUGUUAUUGCCAUUAUUGUAAACUGGUUAUUUUCUAUUGUAUAUUGUUUUAUUCUCUUGUAUGAGUCUUUUAUCUCUCCAGAGAAAAACCACAGGUGUAUUGGAGAAUGUAUACUUUAUAUUAAGUUGGGAUAUAUAAUAACAGAUGUUUUAGUUACUUUAGUGACACCUUGUUCUGUAAUCAUUUCUUUAUAUAUGAAAAUCUGCUUUGUGGCAAGACAGCAGGCACAGCAUUUAAAUUCGGUCUCAGACAAAAAGGCCAUGUCAGAAAAAAAAGCAGCAAAAACCUUAGGCAUUGUUGUAAUGGUUUAUAUUCUGUGUUGGAUACCGUACUAUAUAGCUGCUCUUAUUCUUGGCCAAGAAACGAGUGACUCUCUUGUAAUUAAUAUAAUGUAUUGGGUAUUAUGCACAAAUUCCUGUAUGAACCCUAUUAUCUAUGCAAUGUUUUAUCGCUGGUUUAGAAUAUCAGCAAAAUACAUUUUAACUCUGAAAAUAUUUCAACCUUCAUCAGAAUACUUUAAUCUGUUCAUAGAAGAAAAAUGA